GAUGACGUAGCUGCAGGUCCAGAGAGCUCCCUGUGUCUUCAGAUUGCACGUUAUUUCCGCAGCUGUGCAGCCGUGAGUCGGUAUUAAGUUACUCCUCCUCCCCAUCCCCACGCCCCGCCUUUGCACUGUGAGGAAUUAGUUUUUUUUUUCUGCAGCCAUUUAUUUAUAUUUUUUCCCGUCACAUGGGCUCUUUGGGUGUAAUGUAAGCUGUCGACCCUGGCUGCGGCUCGUCUGAACAUGAUGGGGAUUUAACAGAGAAAAAAGGAGGCCAAAGUAAAGAGGGACUCCGCAUCUUUCUGUCUGCGUCUCCUCCGCUGCUGGGAGGCUCCAGAUGAUCAUGCAACAUCUUAAGCCAUGGCGAGCUCUGCUACUUUUAACCGUGCUGUGCCAACCAGGAAUCUCAGACAAAUACGGUUGCCUGUUUGAGAGAAAACUGUGCACACGCGAUCAGUUCUGCUCAGAUGACGGGCUGUUUGGUCAAUGUCGUAGCUCUAAGCAGGACCAGGUCCAGUACCAGGUGUCAGUUCCUGUUCUGAAGAGGAUGCAGGAAGUCCUCAAACAGCUCAUGCUGCAAGGUCUUUCCUGGCAAGACGACAUCACCCAGUAUAUUUUAUCAAAGGAGCUGAAGAGAGUUCCCCAUACCACCCACCCCUCUAAGCCGAACUCCUCUUCCUCCUCUUCUCAUUCGUCUCAGUCCAAACAGCACAUCUCCCACCACCACAGUUCUAAGUCGGGGUCCACACCUCCUGGUGGCAACUAUGUGGACUACAUGAUUGUCGAGCCUCCUCAGUCCUCACUACGCAUGCAGACAGUCUCCAUGGACCCAUACACAUACCACCAGCAUAGGUACCAAGAUGAAGUAGAGAGAUCACUAAUUGGGGCAGGAGGCGGUUAUGCCCACCCCUCUUUAAGGUCCCAGGCCAAUCAGAGAGAGCGAGAGCGUGACAGGCAGCUGCUACAGGAAGCCUUGUCUCUCUACCUGGCGUCUGCACAGCCUUCUUAUCGCCACAGAGGGGCCGCUUCCAUGGCUCCUGCAGGUCUGCCUUAUUAUGAGGACUUGGACCUGGAGACACCAGUGGACUAUGUGGAAGACUACACUCUAGAGGAAAGACUUGGUACUGCUGGCAGACAACAAACACUGCAGAAUAAAAAAGUUCCUCAGGACUUCAGCACUCUGUCUGGAAACAAUGAUGGCCUGCUCCAGAGGAUGUCAGGAGUCUUGCGUAGGUACGGAGUUGAGCCCAGAGAGCUCAGUCAAGAGCAGCUCUACAAGCUAGCCCUCACUCUGCAGCUGCUGCAGGCCCAAGACAAAACAGAUCCAAUUGAGAAAGACCUCAUCAGCCUCAAGGAGAUGCAGUUGUUAAAAACAGACAGUGUGUCCCAUAACCCAGAGAAGCCUGCCCCUGUUCCUGGUCCCGCUGAUGUCCCUCCUGCCCCCUCUUCUGCCUCAGUCCCAGCUACACCUCCAGCCAAGAGCGCUAGCCUCCUCCCUCCUGUCUCCCAGCCUCCGCAGGUUGCUCCUGCUGAAGCUGGACAUGGCUUGAAGGAGCAAAGGCCGCCACUGGUUGAUGGUACAGGAGCCAAGGAGGAGUAUGGGUACAUUGUCACCAACCACAGUCCUCUGAGUUUGUAUGAAGGAGUGAAACUGUUGGAGCUACUGGCUGAUAAGAUACACCUGACAACCAGCAGCUUCAUCAACAUCAGUGUGGUGGGUCCUGCACUGACGUUCCGUAUCCGCCAGAAUGAACACAACAUGACGGCUGCAGAGGUGGCUGCUAAAGCUGUAUCUGAAAAGAACUUCCUGGAGUCUGAGACAGGCCUGAAGAUUGUACAGACUGGCGUGGGAGAGAGGACAGAUGCACGGGGUCUCCCUCAGGUAACCAGAGUUUCCCAGGGCUCCAGUGGAACAGUCAUCACCCUUAUUUCCAUGGCAGUCGUAGGAGGCAUGCUGGUAUUGGCCAUGGUCGUAGCUUGUCUCAGGCACUACGCUCAGCAAGUGGCCAAUGGCAAGCUUGGCCUGGGGCCAGAGGGAGGAGCAGAAACACACUUUGACUACCAGGAGCUAUGUCGGCAGCACAUGGCAUCCAAAUCCUCCAUGUGCCGCCAGGACUGUUUGGCUGGGGUGAGUGGCACCAUGGCGGGGUCCGCCAUAGGCACAGGUGCUGGCGGUCGAAGGGGUACGGACACGUCCCGCGUCAGCAGCGUUUCCUCCCAGUUCAGCGAUGGUCCCCAGCACAGCCCGUCCUCCACCCACAGCUCCACCCCAUCCUGGAGCGAAGAGCCAGCCCAGUCUAACAUGGACAUCUCAACUGGUCACAUGAUACUGGCAUAUAUGGAGGAUCACCUGCGUAAUAAGGACCGCCUUCAGAAGGAGUGGGAAGCUUUGUGCUCCUACCAGGCUGACCCCAGUUCAGUAGCUGUGGCUCAAGUCCCGAGCAACAUGGACAAAAACAGACACGCUGAAUCACUCCCCUAUGAUCACUCUCGGGUGAAGCUGAAGACUGAAGUAAACCCCAAUAAACAAGACUACAUCAACGCCAGCAUCAUUGUUGAUCAUGACCCUCGCCAGCCAGCUUAUAUCGCCACACAGGGACCACUGCCUCACACUGUCGCUGAUUUCUGGCAGAUGGUGUGGGAGAACGGCUGCACAGUGAUAGUGAUGAUGGCAGCUCUGGUAGAAGAUGGAGAGAAACAGUGCGAGCGAUACUGGCCUGAUGAGGGCUCGUCGCUCUACCACAUCUAUGAGGUGAACCUGGUGUCAGAGCACAUCUGGUGUAAGGACUUCCUGGUGCGUAGCUUCUACCUGAAGAACGUCCAGACGCAAGAGACCAGGACCUUGACGCAGUUUCAUUUGCUGAGCUGGCCGGCUGACGGCAUCCCCACCUCCACGCGGCCGCUGCUUGACUUCCGAAGGAAGGUGAAUAAAUGUUACAGAGGUCGUUCCUGCCCAAUCAUCGUUCACUGCAGUGAUGGCACUAGCAGGACUGGCACGUACAUACUCAUUGACAUGGUGCUGAAUCGCAUGGCCAAGGGAGUGAAGGAGAUUGACAUCGCAGCCACGCUGGAGCACAUCAGAGACCAGAGACCUGGCUUAGUCCGCACCAAGGACCAGUUUGAGUUUGCGCUGACAGCAGUAGCCGAGGAGGUGAAUGCCAUCUUGAAAGCCCUGCCACAGUGAGCUGCAGGCACACAGAAAUAACUAGUCAUGAGGACACACUUGUACGAUCCAGUCACGUAUGUCUGGCCAUCACUGUAAAUAAAAAUUUGCUCUACCACACUUGGAGCAGUUACUGCUCUUGUUUUCAGCAUGCAGUAUUUCACCAUCUACUCAUUCUCUGGGUUUUUAAAACUUUUUGGAACUUAAUUUUAUGAAAAGUGCAUUAAAUGAUUUUUGCGGGAUGUAAAUAUGAACAGAAGAUCAAUUUGUUUUCACCAUCAUGGCACAAAUUGAUCUCUGUCUUUGCUCCUUGACAUUUCUACCUGAUUUGACAACAAUCAAGUCAUCAGAUGUGAACUACAAAGAGUAAAAACUUGCAUAUACUGUUCCUGUGUGAAUCCAGAUGAAAUUUCCACAUCUACUCUGACAGGAUAGAAUACACUUAUGUUGGUGGUUUUAAUUAUAUAAUAUUGAAGUGUAACAAUUGUUUACUUAUCUUACUGCCAUCUGAUUCCAUCUUUGCUUCAUCAACCAUUUUACUGGACACGAUGACAUGAUACCUCAAAUGAUCAAUCAACAUCAACAGAUGAUUUGCCACCAACACUGAGGGUUUGAUUUGCUGUUCUGUUGAACGUUACAAUUUUCUUGGACUAAUGUUAAAAUAAUAUUAAAUACCUUCACAAACUUCUCAAAUUUCUAUCCAUCUUGCUGAUAUACAGUUAGGUUUCAAUCCAUUUUAACUCUCUUGAGUGUGGUGUUACGUGUCCACCAGAAUACUGUAUGCUACUGUCUAGUGUCUUUUGAUUUCUGGCAAUUUGUUAUUUUUAAGGCUUGUCUUUGCCUUGACAACAUGAUUGUUUGCUUUAAGCUCUGGUCCUUUUGGAUGCUGUACAUUGACCACAAAGUACACAUCACCUCUCUCUCUCUCUCUGCACACAAAGUGACUUUGUUUGGGUUCUUUUAUUGUCUUACUCAGUGUACGACCUUGUGAUUAAUGUAAAUAAUUCAUCCUGAUGAUGUUUAUUUCAUGUAGCAGACAGAUAGAAAAUAUCUAUAAAAAUGUAUUUUUGACUUGACCUGAAUAAAUGUGUGAUGUGAUGCAGCAAAAAAAAAAGAAAAAAAGCCUCAAGUGCUCAUUUUCAAAACCACCAUGUCAUUUAGUGGGUGUGCUUUUUGUUUUAUAUUAAGAGUUAAAAUGGCACAUUUAAAAUAGGUCGUUCUGUCUCAUGUAUUUUAUCUAUUGAUUUGAAAUCCGUGUAUCAUUCAAAAUGUAUCAAUAGCGCAUCAAUAGUUUAGGCACUUUCAGAGUUUUUCAGCCCCCUCUGCAACUCUGGUCACAAUGGUGGAACAGCAAAAAACAAGUGUAUUACAAUAUUGUCAAGUAGAUUUUUUAAAUUAAUUUUUGGUAUUUUAUAUUCAAUUGUUUGAUAUUAAUCCUGACAUUUCCUGUUGCAAAGAUAAACUACCACCAACUGAUAGAGUAGUCAGCAGGAAAUGCUUUAUUUUCUCUGCUUUACAUGUUUCGAAGCAUUUUUCUAUUUGCCUUGUUCAUCUGUUUCCACUUGCAGGCACAAUUAAAAUUAAAAUUCAGCUGAAACAUU